AUGUCUGGACGUACCCCCAUCGUCGGCGUCAACGCCAUCCUUCAUGCUAAGCCUGAACAGAAGCAGGUCGUCUGGGACUUUCUCGCUGGCGGCAAGGCGAUCGUGGAUGAAGAGCCCGAUACACUUCAGUGGUUCGCAUACAAGUGCGACGAUACGAUCGAUGGCGAACUCGGUGCCUACGGCAUUGUAGACAGCUUUCCCUCCGCCGAGGGCCGGAAUGCGCACGUCAACGGGCGCAUCCCUCAGGCUUUGAUCCCCAAGGUCGACGAGCUGCUUGCGAAGCCACCCGCGCUUGACCCCAUCGACAUCAUCGCGUACAAGGUAUCAAAGAACGCGGCGACGGAGGGCAAGUUGCAGGUCGCGGGCAUCUCUUACCUCGUUGCCAAAGAAGACUCCGUUGAGCAGCUCAAGACGAUAUUGACGGGCUCAUAUGCCGACGCCAUUCAGAAAGAGGAGUUCACGCAGUACUGGUAUGCGUUCCAGAAGGAUGCCACUACCUUUGGUGUCUUCGCUGCAUGGCCCACUGAGAAGGAGCGCGCGUCUCAUAUGACUGGUCCAGCUAUCACCAUGCUUCAGUCUGCCAUUGCUCCGCUCAUUUCUAAGCCUUUCGUCGGGAACAUGGCGACCGUCAUCGCCCAGAAGACUCACGGAUGA